AUGUUUGGUCUCGUUUGGUACAUUUUAUUAUGCAGCAGGGUGGUGUUUGCAAUCUCUGUUGAUCCGUUACCUCGGCCUCAUAACGUGACAUGGUUCGGCGAUAGCGCAAUUGUCCUUGACUUGGACGCAAUUGAAUUGAAAGAGUUGGAAGGUGGGGAGGGCAUUAGCAAUAGCUUGGUCCAGGGAGCGUUCGAGAGAGCCGUCGCUGACAUCAAAACCGUUAAAUGGUCGCCAUACUUGUACCUGAACGUCACGUCACAUUGUCCCGAGUCAAAAGCGCAGGCUCCGAAUGUCGUCACCGUGGCUAUUGCAGACUAUGACGCUGAUUUGCAAUUCGGGGUCGACGAGUCCUACGAGCUCCACAUUGACGAAGGUGGGAUCAACAUCUCCAGUGAGACCAUUUGGGGUACGUUGCAUGCACUAACUACACUACAGCAAAUGGUAGUUUACCAAUGCGGUCAAUACUUCGUAGAACAGUAUGUGCAUAUUCAAGACUACCCGCUCUUCAAACACCGCGGGCUCAUGGUCGACUCAGCUCGGAAUUUUCUACCAGUAAACAAGAUCAUGGAGCAGAUAGAGCUCAUGGCACUUUCCAAGAUGAACACCUUACAUUGGCAUUUGGUGGAUUCGCAGAGCUGGCCGGUGGAGAUCGCGAGCCACCCCGAGAUGACUCAAGAUGCUUAUUCCGCGAGAGAGGUGUAUACGCAGAAAGACGUGCUCAACGUAGUGAACUUUGCCAGGUCGCGUGGGGUGCGAUUGGUUCCCGAGAUCGACAUGCCCGGACACGCUCGAGCCGGAUGGAGAAAAGUCGACCCUGAUAUCGUGGAAUGUGCCGAUGUGUUCUGGACUGACGCUGCCGUUGAGCCUCCGCCGGGCCAAUUGAACAUCAUGAACAACGAGACGUAUUUCGUCAUUGGCGACGUUUACCACGAGUUGAGCAAUCUCUUCCACGACCACUACUUCCACGUGGGCAACGACGAGCUUCAGAAAGAUUGCUACCCGAACUCAUGGUACGACAAUGCAACCUUGAGCGAUAUCACACAGCAUUACAUUGAUCGCGCAUUGCCGAUAUACAACUCCGUCCCAGGGAGACAAUUGGUGAUGUGGGACGACGUGUUGUUGUCCGAUGGCGCGGUCGAGUCCUUACCGAGCAACGUGACGCUCCAGACCUGGCACGAAGUAUCGGGUGUCAAGAACUUGACUCUGCGCGGAUACAACGUGAUUGUGUCGCUGUCGGACCACCUCUACCUCGACUGCGGCUACGGCGGAUUCUUGACCAACGACUGGCGGUACAUUGACGCGUCGCAAAAUGUCGAGUUCAAUACCUGCAAGGGAGGUAGUUGGUGCGGUCCGUAUAAAACAUGGCAGAGGAUCUACACGUUUGAUUUUUUGAGCAACUUGACUCAGAGCGAGCAAGAGCUCGUUGUUGGUGCAGAGGCGGUCUUGUGGUCGGAGCAAGUUGACUUUGCCGUGUUGACAGGUAAGAUCUGGCCACGGGCCUCGGCGUUGGGAGAGUCGCUUUGGAGUGGCAAUAAGAACGAAAAGGGGGAGUUCCGGUUGUACGAGAUGUCGACGCGUAUAGUGCAGUUUCGAGAGUAUAUGGUCUCGUUGGGUUUUGCUGUUUCGCCGUUGGUGCCGAGAUUCUGUUUGUUUAAUCCCCACGCGUGCGAUGCAGAAAAACCACCAAAUCACGUAUAG